GCCAAAGGAGGAGGCUUCGAAAGUGAAGAAGCUUACCCCAAUGCCGAAUUAGUGUUUCUGGAUAUUCAAAACAUACACGUCAUGCGUGAAAGGUUCGUGUUUUUUCUCAUUCUGUCCGGUGCCGCUCGAAUCGUUGAUAAAAUUGAGAACCACAAGACAUCAGUGCUGGUACACUGCAGCGACGGAUGGGAUCGAACGGCACAGUUGACGGCAUUGGCCAUGUUGAUGAUUGAUCCUUAUUAUCGCACGCUGAAGGGUUUUCAGGUUUUGAUUGAAAAAGAAUGGUGUUCCUUUGGACACAAAUUUGCUCAGAGAAUUGGUCAUGGCGACGAGAAACAUUCUGAUACCGAAAGAUCGCCGGUGUUUCUUCAAUUUAUCGACUGUGUAUACCAGUUGACCGUUCAAUUUCCCACUGCUUUCGAGUUCAACAUCGUUUUUCUCAUAAACAUUUUGGAUCACCUCUACAGCUGUAGAUUUGGUACAUUUUUGUUCAACAGCGAGCAACAGCGAUGCAGAGAAAUGGCGCGCCAGAGGACAGCGUCUCUCUGGUCGUUGAUCAACCGCGAUUUCGAACGCUAUCUCAACCCGUUAUACAAUACGCUCACCGCUUCCCACGUCUUGCUGCCUUGUUGUUCAGGCCACCGACUGAAGCUGUGGAACGAGUAUUACUUACGCUGGAAUCCGGCCGAUAAUUCUAAUCAAAGAUUGGAAGAUCUGCAGGUGGUAUUCCGUCAGAUGUUGCGAACUAGGCAAGGCCUAAUGGACAAAGUUCAAAAACUAAAAGCUGAGAUAGCGCGACAGCGUAACGUGACGUCUCCUGUGGUGCGAUGA